CUUUUCUUCUCCUCCUCCUUAUAAAUCUCUUAAUAAUCACAACAACAAUGGCCGAUGGAAGCUCAGACCCUUCUUCUGGGAGUAGAACAAGGUGGUGCUCAAUUCCCGAGAAGCUUCAACUGCAUGGCGCCAUGUUGGCCUUGCAAUUUGGCUACGCCGGCUUCCACGUUGUCUCAAGGGCAGCCCUUAAUAUGGGCAUUACUAAACUCGUGUUCCUUGUUUACAGGAACAUCAUUGCCUUUCUCAUCCUCCUUCCCUUCGCAUAUUUCAUUGAAAAGAAGGAGCGGCCUCCCUUUAAUCUCAAUUUUCUGCUCCAAUUCUUCCUUCUUGCACUUGUUGGAAUCACAGCAAACCAAGGGUUUUACUUGCUAGGUUUGGAGAACACGUCGCCGACAUUCGCAUCGGCGAUACAAAACUCGAAUAGAAGAAGUGAGGCUAAACAGAAAUCGAGAUGUAGUGCGAUCCUAACGAAAGAGGUUUGUUUUUAA